AUUGCUGUACGUAAUUUAGACUGUCAGAAAUCAACACCAGGUUAAAUUUAAGUAAGCAGUAAAAACAAGGGAGGUAACUCGUAAGUAAUUAAACUGUGCUGGAUUCUGGCGCGAAAAAUUUUAAAUCAUUUAAACGUUACUGGAACAAAUACAAUGAAAAGUACCAAAGAAUUAGCCAGGUAACUAUUGCAAAAAUAAGUUUUCAAUCUUCUGGUUAAACUAAGGAUUAAUAAUGAUCUCUAUUUUAAACGUAUUUACUUAAAAUUCUGAACUAUGUGUAAUUAUGGUAGUUUGUUAUUGAAAUGGCAUAUUCCAUCGUUCAAAAUGUUUCGGAUUAUUUGAAGUAGUCGGUGGAAUACCUGGCGCCCUUCUUUAACACCACAGAAUGACUUCUCUUGUAGUACGUGAAACCGAAGAAUCAUUGAAUAUUUCCAAAAUUCAAGACAGCACCAGACGUUGAUAUACGUACUUCUUUAACUAUUUCAAAUGAUUAUUGUAAUAUAAUGGGAGGUAGAGACGGACUAUAUGUAAUCUGAACCUUCCUCCCCCCCUUAUUAAUUAAUUUUUUUUACGGAAUCCCACGUUUUAGUCUAUGGAGAUUCCGAGGCUGAAACGUUAGAAGCUGCAAUCAUAGAAAAUGUGGAGCCACCAACUACGAUUUUCACGGAUAUGUGGCCCAGUUACCAAAAUCUUCAGAAACUGGGAUACAUUCGUGGUACCGUGAGCCAUUCAUGGAAUUUUGUUGAUCCCGUUAGUGGGGUAUGUACCAAUAAUGUAGAGGCAUUCUGGUCACGGAUAAAACGUGGACUGAAAUACAAAAGUGGAUCAUGUGGUAACAUGAAAUGGUUACAUAUUGAUGAGGCAAUGUACCGUGAUUAUUACGAUAUGAAAUGUGAAAAUUCGUGGGAGAACUUUCAGACAUUUAUCAAGCACAUAGCCAAAAUAUAUUCACAGUGAUUUCAGAAAGAGAGCUUGGCUUCCUUCGAAAACGUCUUCUAACGUCUCCAGCAAACAAAAAGGUGAAACGGCAUAAAAUAAUUCAAACCUUCGAUUAUCUGAUAGUGAUGGAUUUUGAAUCAACAUGCUGGAGUAACAUGAAAAUGAAGCCACAAGAAAUCAUUGAAUUUCCCGCCGUGCUACUCAAUGCUUCUACAGGAAUAAUUGUUGCUGAAUUCCAACAAUAUGUUAUGCCCGAAGAAUGUCCCAUUCUAAGUAAAUUUUGUCAAGAACUAACUGGGAUUUCACAACAUCAAGUUGAUAAUGGAGUUCCAUUGAGACUGUGCCUGAAAAUGUUCAAGGAUUGGCUUAUGAAACUUAGUCGAGAAAAAGGAAUCAAAUUUUCUCCAAGUCAAGAAGACCAAAGUGGCCUUACUACCUUUGUUACUUGGUCAGAUUGGGAUCUAUCAUUGUGUCUGAGAAAUGAAUGUCGCCGUAAACAGCUGUGGAAACCAGUGGAAUUGAACCAAUGGAUUGAUCUGAGAGCCACAUAUAAGAAUUUCUACAGCAGAAAACCUAAUGGUUUAAAUGGUGCUCUCCAAGAAGUUGGUAUUUCAUUCCAUGGACGACAACACUCAGGUUUGGAUGAUGCCCGAAAUACAGCCUGUCUGGCCUGGAAAAUGAUCCAAGAUGGAUGCUUAAUGAAAAUAACUAAAACUCUGUCAGAGAACCCAAAGUCCUCAGCGCUAAAUAAAAAUAUCAACAGUUUUACUGUAACCAAAGAAAAGCAAAAGACUGUCACAUUGCAUACUGCACAAACUAAGGUCUCUGGUGGUGGUGGUAAUAAUAAUAAUAAUAAUAAUAAUAAUAAUAAUAACAACAACAACAACAACAAUUGUAAUAAUAGCAACAGCAAAAAUGAUGUUUUUAAACAGCCUUUGCCUAUUAUGGAAGCUUCUUUGGAUAAGUUUCACAAUGUAGUUUUAGUUAAUACUUUACAUCAGAACAAGCCUCAAUUUAACACACCCAGAGCCCAAUUUCAGGAAUUUACUAAGCAUGUCUCAACUGUUCCUGCAGAAUCUUUCAUAAAUAACUUAUCAUCUUCAGGAACUGGAUCAUAUGGAAAAUAUAUAGAUCUCACCAAAAGAAAUCCAGGUUCCGACAAAAGUAAUGCUAGUCUUGGCAGAAGCAAUUUAGGUCUCAAUAAAAGUAAUGGUUUUACCUCAACUGUUGUGGCAUCUCGCACUUCCUUAAAUGAUGGGGCAUCAAGUUCUUCCACAAAGAGUGGAACAUCUAGCUUUUCAUCUGCUGUGACAUCCGACUCUACCUCAACUGUUAAAGUUUCAAGCUCUUCUUCAAAGAGUGUUGCAUCUAAUACUUCCUUAAAUGAUGGAGCAUCUAGCUCUUCCUCAAAUGGAUUUACUGGAAUAAAAUAUUCAUCAUGUUUCUCGGAAAAAAGCAAAAACUUUCACGUUUAUAUUGAUUUGAACAAUUCAAAACUAGACUGGAAUUCUUCUAAAGUUCCAGAAAAUUGCAAAAAUAUUAACAAAAGGACAAAUAAUUCACGAGAACACUCCUCAAAUAAUCAAGAAGUCAAAUUACAAACAAAAGCAAAUUCUUCAUGCUUCAACUUAACUUCAAUCACACCUUUCAAGACACCACUAAAUUUCAAAUAUUCAAAUAAAAAUUUCACAAAUUUUGCCAUUAAAGAAAUCACCAAUAUGACAGUAAUUUCUAAUGUAUGUGAUACAUCAUUGAAUAGAAGUUCAAGAAAUAUCACACCAAAUGUAAAUAAAGACUGUUCAUUCAGUAAAUCAAUGAAAGCCACUCCACCUUUAUGUAAAUGUGGUUGCCGCUCAAUGUUGCGCCUCUGCCAAAAGCCAGGCCCCAAUAUGGGAAGGCAUUUUUACACUUGCCCCUUGAAGACAAGAUCGAAAAAUAAAAGCAAAAGAGGGAACUCAGUUGAACCAUGUAAUUAUUUCCAGUGGGAAUCACCAGUAUCUCUCCAUUCUUCAUUUUGUUCUUCACCAUUUUCGUCUUCCUCUAUUUCCAACCAUUCUCUCAACAUGUCCUCGACUACACGAAAUCUUUCAUUUGCUAAAACUGCCAAUCUUUCCACUGGUGAGACAUCACAAACACCUAAGUUCAGAAAACAGACAAUACGACCAUGUCAGCUUAUUCCCUACAAAUAAACUGUCACCAUGUGGGAGUGGGGGUGGGGAUGGACAUAUAUUUUUUAAAGCAUCAUGUCUGCUACUGGUUUUCACUCAGAUAUACACUAUGUGUAUGUGUUUAAUAUUAAUGCAUUUUAUUUUAAUUUUUUAAAAUUUUCUCUCACUUAACCUCUUUGUAUCUACAAUAAUAAUGUAUCUCUCUAUAAAUAAUAUAUUUAUUCAUUGUUCAAGAUUCCGACCUGAUUAAUAAUAAUAAUAUAAUAUUAGUAACAUCGUUAGGAAUGAGAACCCAGGUUCGAAAUUUCCCCAAGACACCUGACGAAGGCUGGAGGGUAUAUCAGCCGAAACGU